UUGCGGUUCAGGCUAACUGAGUGACUGUAUCGUCAAAAUUCCGCCCGUGGCAAAAGCCUGUGAUUGGGUCCGAAUGCAAAAGCUGCUCUCAACUUUUAAUAUGCGCCUCAUGAACGCGCACGGGAGACGGCUGUAGGAUUACCGGAGAGAAAUAUCGCUCAACAUCACCUCGUGAAUUCUCAUUGACAAUCGCGGGCGAGUGUGUGUGUGAGUGAGUGAGUGAGUGUGUGUGUGUGCGCGGGUGCGUGUGUGUAUGUGUGUGUGCGCGCGUGUGCGUGUCAGUUUAAGCCUAACUUUUUAAAGGAUGAUAUAUCUUGGAUAUUUCCUGUUCCUUUUUUGUGGGCUCACGCGUGUCAUGGCAAGCUACCCGAUAUGGUGGUCUCUGGCAGUUGGACACCAGUACACCUCUCUGGGUACGCAGCCCAUUAUGUGUAGCUCAAUUCCCGGCCUGGUCCCCAAACAGCUCCGCUUCUGCCGCAACUAUGUGGAGAUCAUGCCUAGCGUGGCGGAGGGCGUCAAAAUCGGCAUCCAGGAGUGUCAGCAUCAGUUUCGGGGCCGCCGAUGGAACUGCACUACAAUCAAUGACAACCUGGCCAUCUUCGGACCAGUGCUGGAUAAAGCCACCAGAGAAUCAGCGUUUGUGCAUGCUAUAGCCUCGGCGGGUGUAGCGUUCGCCGUGACGCGGGCUUGUUCGGAGGGCUCAGCCACCAUCUGCGGCUGUGACACCCGGAGAAAAGGACCACCAGGCGAGGGCUGGAAGUGGGGCGGCUGCAGUGAGGAUGUGGAGUUCGGCAGCAUGGUGUCCCGAGAGUUUGCUGAUGCCCGCGAGAAUCGACCCGACGCACGAUCCGCUAUGAAUCGACACAACAAUGAAGCUGGACGUUCGUCAAUCACUGACCACAUGUACCUGAAAUGUAAGUGUCAUGGGCUUUCGGGCAGCUGUGAGGUGAAAACCUGCUGGUGGUCUCAGCCGGACUUCCGGGUGAUCGGCGACUACAUGAAGGACAAGUACGACAGCGCAUCGGAAAUGGUGGUCGAGAAACACCGGGAAUCCCGAGGUUGGGUUGAAACCUUACGGCCAAAGUACACCCUCUUCAAACCACCGACCGAAACCGACCUCGUCUACUACGAAAGCUCACCCAAUUUCUGUGAACCCAACCCAGAGACCGGCUCCUUCGGCACCCGCGACCGUACGUGCAACCUGACGUCACACGGUAUAGACGGCUGCGAUUUGCUGUGUUGCGGCAGAGGCCAUAACACUCGAACUGAGAAACGUAAAGAAAAGUGCCACUGCAUUUUCCACUGGUGCUGCUACGUGAGCUGUCAGGAGUGCACGCGAGUGUAUGAUGUUCACACCUGCAAGUAAAACCAAAACCAGAUUAAACACAUGGGGUUGUGAACAAGCAAGGGAGCCUUUUUUGUUGAAACUUGUAGACAGAGUUUGUGGACGAUCACAAAUAGAGAAAAGGUGGACCUUCAGUAAAGAUGCUGGACAAAAAGAAAAACCCAUAAAGGCUUUGUUGUUCAUCCGGGGGCAUUGUCGAGGCCAAACUGCGGACUGUGGCUAAGCUUUUGCAAGGGACUAAUCGUUUCCAGUCUGAUAAGUGAUGGAUCAGAUUACUAGAGACUCUGGCCCUUGGGACAUCCACCAAUUGUUUCUCCAAGAAAGGAGGAGAAAACCUUUGAAAGGGAAGAGGUUUUUGCGGCACGUGGCGGCAAACUCCGAUGGGAGAUCUCUGUAACUGAAUACUCAAACUGAAUACCAGGGUUUGCCCACAAGUGCCUUUGAAAUGUGGUGAUUAACUAUAGCCUUACUACUAACACCAUUAAAGAAGCUAUUUGUUUCAUUUGUGCAUUCCAGCAAACCGGCAAACAGCAUAUAUUAUAACACGUGAUGUUGUCUUUGUUUGCGAGACCAACACUGAAUUUCUGUAUUAGCUCGAGUUUAGAGUAAGUUACUAAUACUAGGUUAUGAAUGCACUUGUGCCUGAGUGAAUGUCGAAGCGUUGUUUAUAUGUUUUCUUAAUGUGAUUUUGAAACUCCUUCAACAUGUCUAGACCUCUUCUAGAUAAUGUCGUUUAGGCUGCUUGACUCCUUACCUGGACUGCUUGAGUCCAGAUUGCUCAACGUUCCUGUUCACACUGUACUUUUGGGUCCAAACUGUGGUACAUGUGCAUUAGCAAAGCAGUAGCUGUUUACCCCCGGCUUUGUUUCCAACACAGUACUUGCGUUCUUGCUGCAAAUGCAUGGCGAAGGUUCCAAAGUAAUUUCGGGUAGCAUUGCCUCAGUCCCGUUUGACAGAAAAGUGAGUAAGCUACUGAUCUAUUUAGGUAUUGUUCAUUAUUUUACACAUAAUGGCUCUUUCCACUGAGUGGUACGGUUCAGUACAGUACAAUAUAGUGUGGUAUGGGUCAACCUAGUCAGGCUUGCAUUUCCACUGCCAACAGUACCCUUACUUGGUAGCACGGGCAAUGUUGGGGAUGUGGGGGCAGGGCUGGGGGAUUGGAAGUUAAGACGAUUCUAAGGGCCCAUGCAAUUUUGAGGCCCCCAGAGUUACACCUAGAGGCCCCGCAAUCUCCCUUGCCUCCCGCUCUUCACUUUCGUCCGUGACGCUCCCCCAAACCAAACCACCACUGCCCCCCAACCCCUCUAAAUUAAAGAAGCUAUUUUCAUUUGUGCAUUCCAACAAACCGGCAAACAUCCUAUUAACAACAUAUAUUAUAUAUAUAUUAUAGACAAUU